AUGUCAAGCACGCUGUGGAGCAUCCUGCCCGUGGUGCUGUGGCUGCUGCUCUGGCACCCCACCAGUGCCAGUGGCCCAUGCUGGGAGAGUGGCAAAUGCCAGGACCUCACCAACGAGGCGGGUAUUCUGGCGUGUGCCAGCGUGUGCCGGUCGGAGCUGUCGGCCGAGGCUCCUGUGUACCCUGGGAACGGGCACCUGCAGCCCCUCUCCGAGAGCAUCCGCAGGUACGUCAUGAGCCACUUCCGCUGGAACAAGUUCGGCUGGAGGAACAGCAGCGGCGGGGCGCGCAAACGGGAAGGGCCGGAGGGGGACAGCCCACCCUCCGCAGCGCCGCCUGCUGGCCCACCGGCGCACCGCCAGCAGGAGGAGGGGGCCGGCCCGCAGCGGGAGGAAGGCAAACGUUCCUACUCCAUGGAGCACUUCCGCUGGGGCAAGCCGGUGGGGCGCAAGAGGAGACCCAUCAAAGUCUACCCCAACGGGGUGGAGGAGGAGUCAGCCGAGAGCUACCCUUUGGAGUUCAGGAGGGAGCUGGUGCUUGGCACUGGGGCACCACCUGAGGAGGAAGAGGAGGAGGAGGAGGAGGAGGAGGAAGGCCAGGAAGAGAAGAAGAAGGCAGCGUUGGGCAGCUCCUACCGCAUGGGUCAUUUCCGCUGGCACAUGCCCUUGAAGGACAAGCGCUACGGGGGCUUCAUGACCUCGGAGCACAACCAGACCCCUCUAGUGACUCUCUUCAAAAAUGCCAUCCUCAAAAGCGCCUACAAGAAGGGGCAGUGA